AAUUCGAAAGCAACAUGAAGCAUUUGUCUGAGCAGCCACCGGUGACAACCCGGAAAUAUUUUUACAGAGUGGAGAAUACGGUGACGCCACAGGCAGAUAAUCCAGUGGUGUGUGUGAAACCGGUGACGAAUAGGAUUCGUCCAUAUUCAAGGUUGUUUAUUAAGGAGUGUAUUGGUCGAGGUCAUGGUGAUAGGUUACAAAUAUAUUCAACUGAUUUCAUUGAUGAAGAUUUUGUUGAUGCUUGUAUUGGGCUUACAAAUGCAAGGAUUGAAGGUUAGCUCUGAUGUGAAGGUCUUAUUCUUUCCCAGACCUAUUAAAAUUUGCUUCAAGAAUUUGAGAAUUAUCAGUUGUGUGUGAUUGUUCUAUGUACUCAUCUGAUUCUUGUGUGUAUAUUGUUUAGAUACCACUUGUUACUUUGUAAAAAGUUGUUGGAUUUGGAAUUUGAGAUUCUAUAUGUAUUAAAAUUGUGUGUAAACGAAAUUAUAGGUAAGCCGUACUGAAAUUCCACAUUGUUUGGAA